ACCGGUGACGGCAGAAAGCCGCAAUUGCAGUACGUUUCCCUGUUACAAAGAGCCCUGGCUCUGCCAGGAGGAGCCGGACGCCACAAAAGAACUUGGGGAGUUCAGCGUCCCGGUCGUUAGGCAGGGCCGCUGGUGGCUUGUUUAUGCAGCGCGGUCCCUCCGCUGGGAGAAGACCCGCUUCCUUCGGAUGCCCUAGACUGCGCCGUUUGUGCAGCGGGAGAACUUACUGAGUAAUGAAUGUGCUCGUCUGGCUGAUAGAAAGUAUUUCCACAGCCUGCGGGUGUGUUUAUAGAGAGCCGGCGAGAGACCACAGGCAGCAAUUUGUCUUCUUAGGUAUCAGCAAAGUCUUCUCUUUUAACAACUACAGGAUUUAUUUUUAACUGCUUGACUCAGUGUUUGUCAGAUGAUUCGGACCAUCAAACUGCAGCUGGAAGUACCCAGCGCGCGGGGGAAGCUGGAAUGGCAAGGGGAAGGGGGCUGGCUGGGAAAAGGGGUGGGAUUUCAGCAUCGUGCCUCUGGGGCUCUGCCUCCCAACGUGGGAGAGAGUUGAGGGCUUCCAGCAGCACGAGUGUAUUUGCGGGUCAGGCUGGGAACUGAAUGGGAAUGGCUGCCUUCGGCUGCUUAAUGACAUAAUUGCCCAGCGACCGGGGUCUUGUGAGGAGGAACCCAGGAUCCAGGGACGGGGGACCGGGGACCAGAGCGUGCUGAGCGCUGGUCUCUGCUGCUCGGCGUAUUGCGCUUCGCUCCUGCUGGAUGCUGCCGGUCUCCAGAAGCCUCUCACCAUGAUCGAUAGCUCCAAGAAGCAGCAACAGGGCUUCCCAGAGAUUUUAACUGCUGGGGAUUUCGAGCCCUUAAAAGAAAAGGAAUGCCUUGAGGGGAGCAACCAGAAAAGUCUCAAGGAAGUGCUCCAGCUGAGGCUGCAGCAGAGGAGGACAAGGGAGCAACUGGUGGACCAGGGCAUCAUGCCACCUUUGAAGAGCCCAGCUGCAUUCCAUGAGCAGAUAAAAAGCUUGGAACGAGCCAGAACUGAAAACUUUUUGAAGCAUAAGAUUCGGAGCCGACCAGAUCGUUCUGAACUUGUCAGGAUGCACAUUUUAGAAGAGACAUUUGCAGAGCCGUCCCUGCAGGCCACGCAGAUGAAGCUGAAGCGCGCUCGGCUGGCGGAUGAUCUGAAUGAAAAGAUUGCUCAGCGACCUGGUCCGAUGGAGCUGGUCGAGAAGAACAUCCUUCCUGUGGACUCCAGUGUUAAGGAGGCAAUUAUAGGUGUUGGGAAGGAGGACUACCCUCAGACUCAGGGCGAUUUCUCGUUUGACGAAGACAGCAGUGAUGCCUUGUCUCCAGACCAGCCGGCCAGCCAGGAGUCACAGGGGUCAGCCGCGUCCCCAAGUGAGCCGAAAGUUAGCGAAUCUCCAUCUCCUGUGACUACAAGCACUCCAGCCCAGUUUACUUCAGUGUCCCCUGCAGUUCCUGAAUUCUUGAAAACUCCUCCUGUGGAUCAGCCCCCCACCAGGUCCACCGCACCUGUCGUCCCCACGAAUACCGUGUCCUCAGCAAAGCCUGGGCCGGCGCUAGUAAAGCAAAGCCAUCCCAAGAACCCCAACGACAAGCACCGCAGCAAGAAGUGCAAGGACCCCAAGCCGCGGGUGAAGAAGCUGAAGUACCACCAGUACAUCCCGCCCGACCAGAAGGGCGAGAAGAGCGAGCCGCAGAUGGACUCCAACUACGCGCGCCUGCUCCAGCAGCAGCAGCUCUUCCUGCAGCUGCAGAUCCUGAGCCAGCAGCAGCAGCACUACAACUACCAGACCAUCCUGCCCGCGCCGCUCAAGCCACUUAACGACAAAAAUAACAACAGUGGGAAUUCCACUCUGAACAGUACCACACCUAACCCUCCAAGACAGAAUACAUCUGCUCCUGUGAGAAAGCCGGGACCUCUGCCUUCUAGCUUGGAUGACUUAAAGGUGUCGGAACUGAAGACAGAACUGAAGUUAAGGGGUCUCCCAGUGUCGGGCACCAAACCGGACCUCAUUGAACGCCUGAAACCCUACCAGGAAAUGAACAACAGCAGUGUCACCGCGGGCGGCGUCCUGACAGUGCCCGCGUCUGCCAUCGUCACCAGUAACCCAGAAGUCACCGUGGCACUGCCCGUCACAACACUACACAACCCCGUGACCAGCUCGGGCUCCUCCUUCAAGGCAGAACUGCCACCUGCCGGCAGCAGCACCGCCGCCCAUGUUGAGACCGUCAGCUCCCCUCUGCCCAUCUCACCGUCCCCCUCCGAACAGUCCAGUCUCGGGACCGAGGACACAAACAUGGCAGACACCUUCACCGAGAUCAUGACCAUGAUGUCACCGGCGCAGUUCCUGUGCUCAUCCCCUCUGCGAGUGACGGGCCCCGAGGACAGCCCGAGCCCCACCAGCAGCACACUGUCGAGUCUGGAACUGGACGCAGCUGAGAAGGACCGCAAGCUGCAGGAGAAGGAGAAGCAGAUCGAGGAGCUCAAGAGGAAACUGGAACAAGAGCAGAAGCUUGUGGAAGUUCUGAAAAUGCAGCUCGAGGUGGAAAAGCGAGGGCAGCGGCAGCAGCCGCCGCUGGAACCGCCGCCCGGCACCGCGGCCAGCUCGGCGGCCAAGUUAGAUCCGAAACUCGGAGGCGCCGGCUCCUCCGUCAAGGAUGAGGCCUCACUCAGCGACUGCUCUGGCUCCAGGCAGCCGGGCCCGGGAGCCGGCCAGCCCGUCGGCCAGCCUCUCUCGGCGGCGGGCCAGGCCCUGGUGGCCAAGAAGGCGGUGGUGAUCAAGCAGGAGGUCGCCGUGGCCCAGGCGGAGCCGCCGAGCAUCGUCCCACAGUUUUACGUGAGUUCGCAGGGACAGCCGCCGCCUGCCGGUGUCGCUGCGCCUCAGGCUUUACUGACCACACAGACCGCCCAGCUGCUGCUGCCGCUGUCCAUCCAGGGCUCCCGUGUCACCUCAGUGCAGCUCCCCGUAGGCAGCCUCAGACUCCAGACUCCAGGACAAACAGGAAUCCAGACUCAGCCUCAGACAGCAUCGGCCACGCUGUCCUCGGGCUUAGCCCAGACUGUACCUCAGAAGCAAGACACUUUCACGCCACAUGUGCUCAGUCAGCCUCAGCAAGUUAGAAAGGUUUUCACAACCUCCGCGUCGAGCGCCGUUCUCCCCUACCCGAGAGCACCGGCCCCAGCGGUCCAGCAGCCCUGUGUUAAUAAGACUCCCCCCAGCGCUCUGCAGCCCAGAAGUGCCCCGCUGCCCUCCCUGCAGAACGGACCUACCACCUCCAGCAAGCCCGGCUCACCCCCGCCACCCCAGCCGUGUGUCGUCCAGCACUCCCUGUUUGGGAGCCCGGUCCCCAAGACGAAAGACCCUCCCCGCUACGAGGAGGCCAUCAAGCAGACACGCAGCGCCCAGUCCUCCCUCCCAGAGAUUUCCAAUGCACACAGUCAGCAGAUGGACGACCUUUUUGAUAUCCUCAUCAAGAGUGGAGAGAUCUCCCUCCCUAUAAAAGAAGAGCCGUCACCCAUCUCCAAAAUGAGACCGGUGACAGCCAGCAUCACCACCAUGCCGGUCAACACAGUGGUGUCCCGGCCACCUCCCCAAGUCCAGAUGGCGCCACCCAUCUCCUUAGAACCCAUGAGCAGUUUGUCCGCCAGCUUGGAGAACCAGCUAGAAGCGUUCUUAGAUGGAACUUUACCUCCGGCCAACGAAAUGGCUCCACUGCCGAGCAGCAGUGAGGACAGAGAGCCCUUCUCUCUGAUCGAGGACCUCCAGAACGAUCUGCUGAGUCACUCGGGUGUGCUGGACCACUCACACUCCCCCAUGGAGACUUCCGAGGCCCAGUUUGCCGCCAGUACGCCCUGUCUGUCACUGGACCUUUCGGACUCGAACUUGGACAACAUGGAGUGGCUGGACAUCACGAUGCCUAACACGUCAGGACUCACUCCCCUCAGCACGACCACCCCCAGCAUGUUCUCCGCUGACUUUCUAGAUCCACAGGACCUGCCGUUGCCGUGGGACUAACAUCGCCGACUUCUCGUUCGAGCCUAUGUCGUUUCAGAAGAUGAAGAUCAUUCUCCAAGGUCAGUUUUUAGAGACAGAUUCAGAGUUGCGCUGUUGCAUUACAAUAUGUUGUCACGGGAAGAGCGGAUAGAUGGUCACAGCCUGGAAACCGAGUGCGAACACAUUUCACGGCGCCCAGCAGUGAAUUUCUCCAACUUAACAGCACAGGGCCUUCUGAAAAGUCACUGGUUACAGAAGACCCACCUGUUUCUCCAGACUUCGGCAGAGAACGAAUAAAGACAUCCAGAAGAGGGACGUGUGCGGGAGAGCAACACGAAGAUGCUCUGGCCGUCCAUGAACUACAUUUACGCCUCCGCGGUCACCUUCAGACCCGACGCUAAAGGCAAACAGCUCCCCUCCACCGAGGGGACAGCGGCCCCUGCAUGCGGCCCGUCCCAGCCACGACCGGAGCUGGGCUGCGGGCGGCAGAGGCCGGGGAGGGCGCCCGCCCAGACAGCGGCCACUGCGGACUUCUGCUUCCGUUCGGAAACCAACAUCGUUUAUCUGUGUCGUCGUUUUGGGAUUUGGGGAAUCUUAACCGUAGCUUCCAGGUUUCAGUUUAAGUGGGAGAUCCUUCACCGUCACCAGACGACGUCUCCAAAACACUGUCCUAAACCAUCCACUGUACAAAGUCCUCGUGUACGGAUAACACUGAAAAUUCUAUUAGCAACCCUCGGGGUUCAGUAGGUGGGUUUUAAUGUGUAUAUGAGACAUCUGUAUAUCCACCCUGACGUUGUGAUUUGUACAGCCUACAUUGGGGUAAGGAAUUGCUAGCCAGCGCUCCUACUUGUUUUAAGAACUCGACUGUUUCUAGAGUCCCUGAGCCAUGUUUUUUUCCAUAUUUACAGAAAUGCUGACUGAUUUUCAGGUAACCAGACCCAUCUCACAGAACAAGGAAGGCUCAGUGUAAAAUAUCCUUCUGAGCUGUUGAGUUGCAAAGAGAGGGCCGAGGAGAAGUGUGCCAGGAGCCCCAAGUGUUCCCGCGGGGGUUCCGGGGGGGAAUCUGGGCAGGCUGGCUGCGGGGCCCAGCUCUGACCACCUCUUCUCUGCCGUUUUCCCCCGACGGCAUCCUUCAGGCUAGUAACUGGAUGUCAUACCCGAGCUCUCACUAGGUUAUCAAGCCGAAGAGGGAAAAACUGGAGGUUUACUAGUCAUUGUUUUAUAUAGAAAAGAAGUUAUCACCCAUUUGCUGAGUAGUUCCUUAAGAAUUUUCUAAGAUGCCAACUAUCACAGGACUUCCAGAAUUAUCUCAAGCUAGUCAUUUAAAGUUAGGACAAAAUGUAAAUAACUUUUCUGAAAAAAACAAAAAAAAACCCUGAAAUCUACCAAAAAAAGUGUGAAGGUGUUUGUUGAAUAAUCUCACCAUGGUCUGCACCUCACGUUCUGUAAACCCAAGGGCCAGGUUGCUUUCUCUGCGUCCUUAAAUGGUGAUGUCCCCACGGUGACGUGCCCGAGCCAACCUGACCCACUGCUUGGAGAGAAUCCGCGCAUCACGGCUGGGUCUGCGCUUUGCCUGAGCACCGAUCUGAUUUCGGUUUGUAGAUCCUCCACGGGAGGAAAGUUUGCUUUUCCAGGAUUCGGCCAGAACAAAGGAGCCCUCCGUUAACUGGCACUUCCCAACUUGAGAGACGUCUGAAGCGUUCGGGGCAGAAGCGGUUACGCUCGGUGUGGUCUGAGGGAGCAGUUUCAAUGCUCAGAAACUGGCAAUCCAGCGCCUGGAGUCCAGUAGCCUGGGUCAGCAGGACGCCGCCGUGGGAGCAAGCCCAAGAGAGUGUCACCCCGGGGGGACGCACGGCCCCAGUGCAUCCCUUCCAGAAGGGCCUGCGUCCGGGAACCGGCUGCCUACUGGGGCAGGUACUUGACUGGGCGUGGUCCUGGCCGUGGGUUUUGUCUGGGGCUCACCUGCUCCGCACGUGGACUCUGGGCUUCAUCUUCACUCAGAUUUCAGUGGCUUCUCAAGUGCACCCCAGAUACCAGUGGGACUGCGGGAGGCAAGUGACCAGCUAGCGCCGUGGACUCUUGCUUGCUAUUUUCACCAUCUUGAGUGGUGCCCGAGAUGCUUUCCCAGCCCUCAGCAUCCCCGCUGCUUUUUCAAACUAAGGCCGGAGACAUGCCGCGGGAAGGGUGCUCUCCAGAAACGCACUGGAGCGCAGACAGCGCCGCCCGCCAGCCUGCUUGCUCUGGACUGGGAGUUCCUUCACGCGUGCGUCCAGACCCUUUCGGACGGGGCUUCCUUGACAGGAAAGGCGAGGAGCCUGCCGACCCGAACUCCACCAGCCCCCACCCGCACCAUUCCGCCGGGCCCUCCCAUCCUGGCGUGGGCGGCCGGCCUGCGGGGCACCGGGCCUCUGUGUUCAAGAUGAGACGUGCAGCAGGUGACAUGACCAAAGACCGUGCUGUCCUCGAGGCCCCUCUGACGGGACUGUCUGCGUUGUCACAGCCGUCAAAGCACAGGGCAGGGCGGCCAGGACGCGCGCAUGUGGUGUAGACGUGGGGGUGUGGCCCGCCGUCUUGCACAAUGUCCCAUUGCCAAGGAAACAACCAUCUCCUGGACAUGCGCUCUCUCCCAUCCAGUCUGACCUCUCCGAAUAUUCCGGAAACACCGUCGCAUGGAGCUUGCGACGGGGUAUGCAGGGGUAUGCAGGUGCCAGCUCCUGUCCUCCCGGCCGGGAGGAAGGGCAAGUUGCCCCAGAGCUUCCCCGGGCUUUGCGAGUCUAGGGGCGGGGGGCUACUGUGUACAUUUCAGCAGCGCGCGUCCAGGGAGCCCCUCCGGGCAUGUUGCUGGGGGUUCACUAGCGUUCUUCCAGAAUUGUGCAAUCUACUGUACAGUACUUGCCACAUAUUUGUACAUAGAUAUAUUCUCAAUUCGUGGGAUUUCUUGCUCAGAUACUCUGUGUUUUAUAGGACUAUUUUUAUAAUACUAGAGAGACCUUAUUUAAGUUUCCUUUUUAAAAAACCCGGUUCUGUGAUCCGUGUAACUGACACUUUAGGAAGUGCGAUUUCAGGAGGCAGUCUGCGGCGGCCCCCGGGCUGCUGCCUGCUGAAAGCAAAGCCACGGUCCUCUGCUAGCGCCCCGGAACUGUGCAGUCCGCAGCCCCCAGUGAUGGGUCAGCAGCCUGUCCCCCCUCUACUCACCAGAGUGGACUCAGGCUUCCUCUGCCCUCCCCCCGCCCCCAAUCAUUCCAGGCCACCCCACGUUCUUCAGCGCCCGUUCCUAAUUCCCAGGCUGAAACCAGCCGCAGCAGCUGGCCCAGCAACUGUCCCCACAAGUGAUGGGACAGUCCCUCUCCUGUCCACAAACGGGUGGGGCCCGAGAGAAGUGCAGGGCAAAGGCGCUCUGGCCGGCACAGCCCCCAAAACCCCUUCAGGCUCUUGCCGGCAGUCACUUGAGAGGGGCAGCCCGCUUCUCCAGGUCCACACACAACCCUCCCUGUUCUGUCACCCCUCUCCGCACACACGUGUCUCCCUGACCCCCCGCAACACAGCAGAACACCGCACUGUCCGCUGCCCUGGAGGCCACAGAAUGAGCCCAGGGGAUCCAAGCACGUUAACUGGAAGGGCUGCUCCGUCGGGGAGCAGAGCUGAGCAGGGCAGGUCUGUGUGUUUGCAGAGCCUCCUACCGUGUCCUGGCUCUUCCGCCAAGCGCUGCGGUCACAACUGGAAAGUAACAAGACGCGGCCGUUCUUCGCCCUGUCUCCAGCCCCGCUCCCGUGCACGCCUGUCCGGGCCACCUGUUCUUGGUGAAGUGACUCUGUCUGCAGGACCACAGGGAGGCCGUGCGUGCCACCACCACCACCCCCCCCCCGCUCCCUCUUCCUUGCCGUAUCCGGUGAGCGCCAGCGGCCCCGCGGAGCCUCUCCCUGUGAUCUGGGUGCGAGGCCAGGACGGCCCAGAGCACGUGUUUACACAGAGCGCUUCCCCCGCCGCACCAACACAUCGCUGUGCUCCGCGAGCCGCGGCCGGGCGGUGUCCCCGCUCCCGGACAACGGGAUGGCCAUCUCAGACCAAAGGUGCUCUCUGGAAUCAGAAUAGGUCCUUGGCGAUAAUCCACGCAGCUUGUCAUGUUCAAAAGAGCUUUGUGCCAACCACUAAGACAAAGCUUUAACCAAGUUCAUAGAAUCACCGAGACCCGUUCACCAUUACCUCUCUACGUUAUGCUGUAAGGAAACUGGCUGACCGGGGAGGAGGAGGGAGCAUUGAGGAAAGGGUUUAGUAUCUACCAAAAGUACUUAACCUCAAGUAACCAAUAGUAAUGCAAACUUGCUUUAAAGGAACCAAAGGCAUUGCCAAGUAUUUGCCAAAAGAAGGCACUUUUUAUUUAAAAUUUGAGACUAACGAUAUCUCAACAGUCAGUCCCAAAAAGGUAAUAAUCCAUUUAAGGUUAUAAUUUUCACAAAGGUGUAGAUAUUUCUCUAUUGUUUUCAUGUAAAAUAGUAUAGAUUUGUUUUGUUGGUUUAAGAAUAAUACAUAUUUAGUAGUAAUACAGUUUCUUCCUAAGUGCAGAUUAGUUUCCUUUUUUCUUGCUUGCAGUCGAAACACAGCGUGAUAGGUGUUUCUCUUCUUAUUUUCAUGGUCACAUUACGUCUUAGCAUCUCACUUUGUGAAAACAAGGAGAAAGAUACCAACCUACAGAGCCCCGCUUACUAAAGCACUAGCUUAAUGAACAAAAAAAUGACGGCAAUUGGGGGGGUCCAUUCAUGUAUUGCCUUUAUGUUGUUUUUUAAAAGAAAACCAUGAUGCCUUUGUAUUUGCUGUUUGCACCCCUGAAAUCAAUUCCGUAUCAUGUUUGGAUGCCAUACAUUUGCACAUGUACUGUACAUAGUAACGCAUACUGUAUUUUUAUAUGUGUGCACAUUUCUCAUCAGAUCUUUUGUACAUAGUGGCAGUAUUGUAGCCGGUCAGGAAACGUUUGAUAUCUCAGCAAUUUUGCAUUUUUGUGUCUCAAAUAAAAAACAUUUUGAUGUA